AUGGCUGACACGUCCAAGUUGCACCAUGCGACUACAAUCACCAAUAUCAAAUCAUGCAUUCCUAUUGUUCUUGACUAUGAAGGAAGCCAAUACAACAACUGGGCUACCCUCUUCAAGCUCCAUUGCCGAGCAAACUUGAUGAUCGACCACAUACUACCUCCUGCCUCCCCUACCGUGCCACCACCGGCAACGAUAGCCGAGAAACUUACUACGAAGGCUCUAUGGGAACGGCUAGAUGACAUUGACAACAAAUCGGUUAGGGCUCUUGCUCUUGAUGCAAAAUUCACCAACACCAAAUUGAUGGAUUUUCCGAAUGUGAAAGCAUACUGCACCAGGCUAAAAGUUCUUGCAGACAAUCUCGCAAACGUCGGCCACAAAGUUUCCGACGAACGACUUGUGCUUCGUCUUCUGCGAGGAUUAUCGGAGGAAUAUAAAACCUUUCGAAUGACGGUACAACACCGUACUCCUCUCCCAUCUUUUGACGUUGUUCGGUCGAUGCUUGAACUUGAGGAAGACAGCCAUGGCGAGGACUCCAUCCACGACUCCGGGUCGAAUGCUGCUCUCGUUUCCCACAAUAUUAAUCCUCAUAAUUUUUCUAGUAAUGGGCAGUCGAACAAUUCUGAAAAUGGUUUCAAUAAUCGAGAAAAUUCUCACAAUCGCGGAAAGAAGAACAACCGCGGUCGCGGCGGCGGAAACCGCAACAGCAACCGCGGUGGUGCAGGAAACGGGCAAAGCAGCGGCGGGGGCAGCCGGCACAACUCCCAGGGCAAUCUGCCCGCCGCGUCGCCGAACCAAGGGGCUGCUUCCCAGUCAUAG